UGUACACAUACCCACAUGCGAAGUAAUGCGAGUUUUACGGAAAAGUGGUCUUCAAGACAUGCUGAAAAGUAUCGCUUCAACUAUCGUGAAACGUACCCACCACUGCGGAUCCAGCUGAUCGUACAUGUGCCCGCCGGCGUUUACCAACACUCAUCAAAACAACGUGAACAUUUCAACGGCGUAAAAAUGACGAACCUGCGCAAGGAGCUGGAGAAGUGCAAGCACCCGAACAGCCGGAAAACCAAGGCGCUGGGCAAAAAAGCGCGUCGUCAGAACAACAAGCACAAAGUGCGGCUGGGCCAUGCCAUCAAAAGCAACCUCACGGGCGAGAAGCUAAGCUGGUUUCUGGCGCACAUCGACGAGGAACGCACCGAGCCCCUCAGCCCGCAGGAGCUGGAGGAUCUGAUUGAGCUGUACUUAACCCGGUUCGACGAGGAGCUGGAGCAAAUCAACCUGAAGCAGUCGAUUGGCAAGCACCGGGCCAAUCAGCAUGCCGCCCGCAAGGAUGUAAUCACCAUCACGCUGGAGAAGGAGCGCAACGAGUUCCGCACCGGCGGCCUGGAGCUGGUGAACCUCUGCGAUCCGCUCAAGUUCAAAAUGCUGCGCGACUGGGACGGCAGUGCGCUGAGUGUGCAGCACCUGAAGCUCGACCUGGUCUCGCACAACAUGCUGCAGCGGCUCAAGGCGCAGCUGGAGAGCAAGGAAGCCACCAGCGAGCAAAUGGAUACGUAAAAUAAAUAUAGAAAUAGAAAGAA